CCGAUACAAUCCCCACAACCUACCCCUCCUACACGAGUACAUCGAGGAUCAAUUCAAGGGAGAAUAUGACUGGGAUUGCAUGGCAGCAUUGGCCGUACACAAAAGCAUGUAUUAGUCGAUGUGCCGCCCGUCUUUGAAGCAGACGAUGGUACGAAUGAGAUGCAGUUCUAUUAGCUCUAUCUGAACAGAAGUGUUGGAGAUGAGGAGAGAGAGCACUACGAGAGGAGCCAGCGCUCUUGCGCUGGAAGUCAGACAACUCGCGAAUGGUACCUGACACUCUUGCAUCACUCCGCUCCGGUUCUCACAGCUAUCAAUUCAAUCCAACCACCUUCAACUACCCAAUUGUCAUUUCCCUCUUGGCCAAGUCCUUGCACGCCAUCCCCACACCAGACUUCAACCUCUGCUUGAACCUGCUGGGCGAGGCACCGGUCUCGAUUCUGCAAGAGAAGGCUUCUGAGCAGGACGAUACAACAAAGGAUGAAGCAGCCCAGCAGCAAGACGCUCAGGCAUCUGCCAGUACAUCCACUUCGCAGCAACCAUCAGCCGGCAUCCUCACAGAUCCCACUAUCGUAAAGCUUCAUCACCUAGCUAUGCUUCUGUCUUCAUCGAGGUAUCCCACCUUCUGGACAACAUAUCGAUCAGAGGAGUUCGAGGACGUGAGGAAUCAGGUUCUGGAGGAAGUCGUAGACUUUGAGAAUGGCGUGAGGAAGGUCGUGCUGAACGGAACCGCGGGCGCUUUCAAAAGCAUCAGCAAGAAGAGGCUGGCGACGUACCUGGGUCUCGAUGGUGAGUUUGCUCAAGCAAGUCAAUGACCUGAAGGUAUCGCUUGAUGACUUACCAGUCGUCCCUGCCCCGCUCUCCACUCCAGCUUCGGAUCUAGAUGAAUUCCUUGCUACCCCUCACGCAGAAGGAUGGACAGUCAAGGGAGACCUGGUGGAAGUGCCAUUGAACAAGGACAAUGUGGUCAAGUCGACGGGUG